CGCGUGGAGAUGAUGAUGUCUAUGCAGAGCGAGUACACCUCCGAGGACCCUGCCCUGGAUGAAAUUCAGCAGGUGGCCCACAAACGCGGCUACCGCCUCACCCUCUUCUGGACGCUGUUGAUGUUCUCGCAGUACUUCGUGUGGUACCCGAUGCCGUUCUACGCGCACCCGGGAGAGCGGCGCCUGCCGUUCGCCCAGCACGCCUGGGACAACAACACCAACCAGUACGCGCUGUCCUACUUUCUGCAGUGCGCAGCGUCGGCGCGCGGCACCCAGCUCAGUUGGAGCCUCGACCUGCUGUUCGUGUCCGUCAUGCUUCUCGUGGCCGCACAGCUGGAGAUACUCUCGCGGCGAAUUACCAGCCUGAAAGAGGAGAGCCACGAAGGAAAGGCAGCAGCAGUCGGGGAGAAGAGCGUGAAAGGCAUGGCGGGAAACAUUUACGAUAGCAUGUACGACAAUUUGCGUCUUUGCAUUGAAACUCAUCAGAAACUUCUCAGCUUUAUCAGAUACCUGGAUGACACUAUGAGUUCCGUCGUAAUGAUUCAAUUCUGCGUUAGCGUCCUCCUCGUGUGUGUGGCAUUAUUUCAAGCAACAUAUAGUACAGACUCGACUGCAGUGCUUAGGUGCGCGCUCUACCUUCCAAUGCCCGGUAGCCAAGUGUUCCUAUAUUGCUGGGCUGCACACAGUGUAACCGAGCAGGCGGAGGCGGUGUCGCUGGCAGCAUACAGCUGCUCCUGGGUAGGGACGGCCAGACGCAUCAAGCAGUCGCUCAGGAUCAUAAUCAGCCGCGCCCAGAAGCCACUGGUCCUCACAGCUGGGCACAUCUACCCCAUUGACAGGGAAGCCUUCGUCUCGCUGGUGAAUGCAUCCUAUUCUUACUACGCAUUGUUGGGUCAAAUGAGUAAACGCUAGACACAAACUCUUUGCAGCUGAAUCGUCGAUGAAUACUGAUUUCUACAGCUUUCAAU